AUGAGGCAGUGUGGGGUGGUGCUGGGCAGCAGAGUCUGUUCCCAUGUGCAGCGGGGAUCAAAGGGCCCGGCCCUCGCAGAAAGGGCCCUGCGGCGACAAACUACUGCUGCCAUAAUUGGGGAAGAGCCAUUAUGUUCUCAAAUGAUGAAACAAAUUCAGAGUUUCCUUUUUUUAAAAGCGUCCUCUCCUUCUUUUUCUCAGGCGUUGGAUCAGGACCGAACCUCCCUGCAAAAGGUGAAGAAAUCAGUGAAGGCGAUCUACAAUUCAGGACAAGACCACGUCCAGAAUGAAGAGAACUACGCCCAGGCUCUGGACAAAUUUGGCAGCAACUUCAUCAGCCGGGACAACCCGGACCUGGGAACGGCCUUCGUCAAGUUCUCAUCCCUCACGAAGGAGCUGUCCGCCCUACUGAAGAACCUGCUCCAGAGCCUCAGCCACAACGUGAUCUUCACUCUGGACUCGCUGCUGAAGGGUGAUUUGAAAGGCGUGAAAGGGGACAUAAAGAAGCCCUUUGACAAAGCAUGGAAGGACUACGAGGCCAAGUUUACAAAGAUCGAGAAGGAGAAGCGAGAGCAUGCCAAGCAGCACGGGAUGAUCCGCACGGAGAUCACUGGAGCUGAAAUUGCAGAGGAGAUGGAGAAGGAGCGCCGCCUCUUCCAGCUCCAGAUGUGUGAGUACCUGAUCAAAGUAAAUGAGAUCAAGACCAAGAAAGGAGUGGACCUCCUCCAGAACCUGAUUAAGUAUUACCACGCACAGUGCAAUUUCUUCCAAGAUGGCUUGAAGACAGCGGAUAAGCUGAAGCAGUACAUUGAGAAGCUGGCAGCUGAUCUCUACAAUAUCAAACAAACUCAGGAUGAGGAGAAGAAGCAGCUGACUGCCCUGCGGGAUCUGAUCAAGUCCUCCCUCCAGCUGGACCAGAAGGAGGACUCGCAGAGUAAGCAGGGUGGCUACAGCAUGCACCAGCUGCAGGGAAACAAGGAGUUUGGCAGUCCAACAGGCAGCCGGUCAAACUCAACCUGCUCACCUGCCAGGUGAAGCCGAGCACUGAGGACAGGAAGUGUUUUGAUCUCAUUUCUCAUAACCGGACAUAUCAUUUCCAGGCUGAAGAUGAGCAAGAGUUUGUCAUUUGGAUUUCGGUGCUGACCAACAGUAAGGAGGAGGCUUUGAACAUGGCGUUUCGCGGUGAGCAGAGCAGCGGAGGUGAGGACGGUUUAGAGGACCUGACUAAAGCCAUCAUAGAAGACGUGCUGCGCAUGCCAGGCAACGAAGUCUGCUGCGACUGCGGAGCUGCAGAUCCUAAGUGGCUGUCUACCAACCUGGGGAUCCUGACCUGCAUCGAGUGCUCCGGCAUCCACAGAGAGAUGGGGGUCCACAUCUCCCGCAUCCAGUCUAUGGAGCUUGACAAGCUAGGAACCUCAGAACUCUUGCUGGCCAAGAAUGUAGGGAACAGUAGUUUUAAUGAGAUCAUGGAGGGAAACCUUUCUUCCCCUUCACCAAAGCCCACUCCAUCCAGUGACAUGACGGUGAGGAAGGAGUUCAUCACCGCUAAAUAUGUGGACCACAAGUAUGCGAGGAAGACGUGCACUUCUGCGGCAGCUAAAAUGAUCGAGCUGUUUGAGGCGGUUCAGUCCAGGGAUCUGCUGUCCCUCAUCCAGGUUUAUGCAGAGGGGGUGGAACUAAUGGAGCCGCUCCCAGAGGUGGGGCCGGAAGCCGGAGAGACCGCACUGCACUACUCUGUACGGACUGCUGACCAGACCUCACUGCACUUAGUGGACUUCCUUGUGCAGAACAGCGGUAACCUGGAUAAGCAGACGGAGUGGGGGAACACUGCCCUGCAUUACUGCUGCAUGUACGAGAAGCCCGAGUGCCUCAAGUUACUCCUGAGGGGCAAGCCGGCUACUGAUAUCCCCAAUCAGAACGGAGAGACGGCGCUGGAUGUUGCCAGGCGACUGAGGAACAUUCAGUGUGAGGAGGCACUUGUGCAGGCCGCAGAGGGGAAGUUCAACCCUCACAUCCAUGUGGAGUACGAGUGGAGCCUCAGACUGGAGGAGAUGGACGAGAGCGAUGACGACCUCGAUGAUAAGGCCUCAAAGAAGGACCGCUCCCCGAGGCCUCAAAGCUUCUGCCACUCCUCCAGCCUCUCCCCCCACGACAAGCUCUCCCUCCCGGGCUUCAUCAGCCAGAGGGACAAACAGCAGCGCCUGUCCUACAGCGCCUUCACCAACCAGAUGUACAGCGCCUCUACCGACCUCACCUCCUCUCCCGUGGCCGACGGGCCGCCGCUGCCGCCUAGGAACCAGGGCAAAGCUCCUCCCCCAUCUGGCCCUCCCUCUACACUCACACCAGGAGGCAGCUCCACCCUGUCCAAGAAGAGGCCUCCGCCCCCACCUCCUGGACACAAACGCACCCUGUCUGACCCACCCAGCCCGCUCUCUCACAGUCCACACAGUAAAGGGGGCUUAACUGGGGGAAGCGACUCUACCCCUCCUCCCAUCAGCAAGAUGUCUCCUGUUUCUAACAAGUUUGAAGGAAUUCCUCAGCAGCAAAGCACUACUUCAAGCAACACAAAGUCUACACUUGGUCCAAGGGUUCUUCCCAAACUACCUCAAAAAGUGGCAUUGCGGAAGAUUGACACCAUACACCACCCGUCUAUGGAUAAGUCCAGUCAUCCUCCAGAGGUCUUCCAGAAGUCACCGCCGGCGACCGACACCCCGCAGAAGGCUCCUCCGGCAGAAAGGCCUCAGCUGGGAGACCUGCCUCCGAAGCCGCAGCUGUCUGAACUUCCUCCUAAACCCGGAGAACUUCCUCCGAAGCCGCAGCUCUCCGACCUCCCGCCUAAACCUCAGCUGGGAGACCUCCCACCCAAACCCCAGCUCAAAGACCUGCCUCCCAAGCCUCAUCUCUCAGACAUCCCCCCGAAACCUGGAACAGCUGAGUCCGCUCCCAGGCCGCCUCCUGGAGAGACGCAAAGGCCUCAAACGCAACCUCCGCCUCCACCUCAAACUCAGCCGCAGCCGCAGCCGCAGCCGCAGCCUCAGCCGCAACCACAGCCGCAACCGCAUCCUCAGCUUCAAGAUUCACCGUCACCUAAUCAACAAGCAAAUAUAGGUACCCCCACCCAACAAGGAAAGAGCAAAGCUCGUCGGGUGAAGACGAUCUAUGACUGCCAGGCUGACAAUGAUGACGAACUGACUUUUGCUGAAGGAGAGGUGAUCAUAGUUACAGGAGAAGAGGACCAGGAGUGGUGGAUUGGGCACAUUGAAGGAGAUCCGGAUAGAAAAGGGGUGUUCCCGAUGUCUUUUGUCCACAUCCUGAGUGACUGACAGCCAGAAAGACUUGCACUACGCCUCUCCCUAAACUGGGAGGUCCUGUAAAUAGCUAUCAUAACACCCCUUGUCACACGACAAGUGUCCUAAAGAAAAAAAAAAACAACAACGAAGAAGAAGAAACCCAAGAAGGCUCAUCUAGCCAUGGAUGCUAUAUCCAUGCUGUACAAAGAAUGUGUGUAUUCUUCCUUUACCAGUAUUAUCUUAACCCUAUAGCACGGCUGUGACAAAGCCACUCUCAGAACCCUAGCACUUACCUAAAGUCUAUGUUUAUGCUGUUACUGUGUAUAUAUGUAUGUAAAUAUAUAUAUUUGUGUGUGAGUGUAUAUACAUGUUUUAUUGUACAAAACAUGUACCAUUGCUCUCUCUACCUGUCAGAUUAAGCAUCAGGGCGGUAGAGUUUGAAUUUUAUCUGUAUUAAUUUUACUGGCCCUCAAGUAAUUAUCAGCUUAUAUUUCUGGAAAAAGGACAAAUAAGAAAUGGAAUGUGAAAUAGGUCAUGUCACUAUUUGUCUUGCAUCCCCUGUUUACCAUAAUUGACUGAAGAGGCAGGAGUCUCCCACUGAUCUUCCCGAGAUGAAAAGAAUUUUCAUUAAAUGUACUCCUUGUUCUUGCUUGCUUUGUGUGUACACGUAUUAUGGUUGUUUUACAGUAUAGAAACCUGCUGCUACUGUGUGGUGGAAUAUCAAAGCCUGUGGUUCACUGUAGGUCACUAAUUUACUCCUUGUUACACUGUUCACUGUAUGUAUGCUCUGUGUGUGAACUCAACACCAUCUCCACAGUCCUUUGACCUUUUCUGUGCAUGGUGUAACAAUGACUGGAAUUGAGUGGAGUGCUGCAUUCAAAGACGCUCACCUCAGGGUUUGAAGAGCCACUAUUAAUCGAGCAGGACUACAAAAAAAGGGUAUCCUGUUGUUAAAGCCACUAUUAAUGACAAGUACGGGGAAACUCAAGAGGACAUCUUAGCAAUAACUUGAUUUUGUGACAGGCUAGAAGUUUCACAUUAACCUGUGUUCACGAUUCAGUGUCUUGUAAAACCUCAUGAGCUUGAAAUUUUUAAGUUUAGGUUAUGUAAUAUCAUUCCAUGUUACUGGAUUCAGUACAUUUCCAGGUUUGCCUGUGAGCCAGAGAUGUCUUUUAGAAGUGGACUUUGUAAAAAGGCUGGAGAGCCAAUGUAUUUUCACCCAGUCCUCACUGACUUGCAGUUCUUUCCAUGUUAAGGAACAAACCCAUCAACCCAUUGUAUCAUUAAAAGUGCUGUA